AAUUCCAAACACCAGCAAUACUCUCCUCAUUAACUUCUUCCGCGGGACGAGACACGAGAGAGAGAGAGAGAGAGAGAGAGCCAACCGCACACUACUUGAAUCCAAUCCAAUCGAAUCAAAUUACUAGCCUCUCUUCCACGCCACGCACACGCACCCAAUCCUCUAUCGAUCGAGACAUGGCCUCCACCACCGCCGCCGCCGCCGGCAACGGCAGCGGCAGCAUCCUCCCCACCCACACCAUCGCCGCCACGGCGCCACCCUUCAGAACCCACAAGGACGCCGACCUGGAAUCCAGGAGGCGACGGCGCCGGCGACGCUGCCUGUGCUGCUGCCUGCUCGUCACCCUGGUGGUACUACUCGUGCUGGCCAUCACCCUCCUGGUCCUCUUCCUCACGGUGCUCCGCGUCCGCGACCCCACCACCCGCCUCGUCUCCACCCGCCUCAUCGGCCUCUCCCCGCGCCUCUCCUUCCCGGCCAUGUCGGUCCAGCUCAACGUCACGCUCCUCAUCACCGUGGCGGUGCACAACCCCAACCCGGCCUCCUUCACCUACGCCACGGGGGGCCACACCGACCUCACCUACAGGGGCGCCCACGUCGGCGACGCCGAGAUCGACCCGGGCCGAAUCCCGAGCCGUGGGGACGCCAACGUCACCAUGGCGCUCACCCUCCAGGCCGACCGCUUCGCCGGCGACCUCACGCAGCUCGUGACGGACGUGAUGGGCGGGUCGGUGGCGCUGGAGGCGAGCACUCGGAUCCCCGGGAGGGUGGCCAUCCUGGGCGUGUUCAAGCGCCACGCGGUGGCGUACUCGGAUUGCCAUUUCGUGUUCGGCGUCACGGAGAUGGCCGUGCGUAGCCAGCAGUGCAGCGACCGCACCAAGCUCUGAUUGAUCAUGUGAUUCCAACUUAAUUUGCAAGUUUCCAAGCACGCAACGUAAGGUGGGCAUGCCACAUCGCGACGUGGGACAAGACGAGAAGCCAUAUUUUGUUGUUUUGUUUACACCACGCAACUGCUACUAGAAGUACAUAGAGUAUUACUAUAUUCUACACGGGUGGCACAUUAGUUCGUUAUUACAGAUAGUAUAAGAUCAGGAAUUCAGGAUUCAGGACUUCCGAUUUUCUUCAGUAUUUCUUGAUGGGUGUUGGGAUUGAUUCGAUUCAUGUAUAUAACACGGUGUGUCAGUUUUGACAUAUACGUACAUAUACAGUAUUUCACUAUUCUCA